UAUGCAAACACAUACAGUAUAGAAGAAGAUGCGAGGAAGCACUCGGCGUUCAAUUCGAGACGCAGACCGGUUCCACCCUUCAAAGUCGACGGCGUUCGACGUCAGGAUCAUCUGGUCCUUGAGAGGGAGCUGCACAUCUUCGUCUUCCUCCGUUGGUGCCCCAGCUCUCGCCGGAGUCGUGCAGGGGAACAGAACAGCGGAAGAGGAGCUCUUCGUCGUCGCUCAGGCCGCCGUUGACUUCUGCGCGCUGCAAGAGGAAUCUCAUCUUCUGCGGAGGAGAUGCCGGCACCGGCGGCGGCGGCGGCUGCCCGUCUUGGCCCGCCGCCCCCGUACCUGAGGACCCACGGGGGCAAAGUGGCGAGGCUGCACAUGCUCGACUGGAUCGUGCUGGUCCUCCUCGGCGCCAUCGACGUCGGCCUCAACCUCAUCGAGCCCUUCCACCGCUUCGUCGGCAAGGACAUGCUCGACUCCCUCCUCUACCCGCUCAAGGACAACACCGUGCCCGUCUGGGCCGUCCCGAUACUGGCGGUCCUCGUGCCGAUGCUCAUCUUCGCCGGGAUCUACAUCAAGAGGAGGAAUACCUACGACCUGCAUCACGCCAUACUAGGUUUGCUGUUCUCCGUGCUGAUCACCGGCGUCCUCACGGACGCGAUCAAGGACGGUGUUGGCCGGCCUCGCCCCAACUUCUACUGGCGGUGCUUUCCUAAUGGAGUGCCGAAUUACAACAACAUCACCGGACAAGUCAUGUGCCACGGAGAUGCCGCCGUCAUCAAAGAAGGGCACAAGAGCUUCCCCAGUGGCCACACUUCAUGGUCCUUCGCGGGGCUAGGCUUCCUGUCAUGGUACCUUGCCGGCAAGAUCAGGGUGUUCGACCAGCGUGGCCACAUCGCCAAGCUCUGCAUCGUCAUCAUGCCGCUGCUGCUAGCGGCGAUGGUCGGCGUGUCGCGGGUUGACGACUACUGGCACCACUGGCAGGACGUUUUCGCUGGUGGAAUUCUCGGUUUGGUGGUUUCUUCGUUUUGCUACCUGCAGUUCUUCCCGUCCCCCUCUGGUGAACAUGGACACUGGCCUCAUGCAUACCAUCACCUCAUUCUUAACCCAGAAGUCGAGAACCAGGUACAGCCAACAGAUCGCCAUCAACCACUGCCGCGUGACUUGUCCAUAGUCCCUUUUGCUGUGGGCAUGGAGAUGAGAACCUCUGCCCGAGCAUUAGAUUCCAUGGAGGCAGGCAGCAGAACUCGGUAACUACGACUACCAUAGUUAUGGGGCAGAUGGACAUGUUUUUGCACAAUUGUCUUUCUCAGUAGUUAGGUAGUAAGCUUCUUCUGUAUAUGCUUCUUGUAAGAUAAGUGAAAAUUGCACGAUUUGAUCCAUGGCGUUGGCUUGAA